UAACACGGUGGUCAUGUGAUGUACACGGAAGUGUAACUCCUCCGCACCGCAGUUGUCAGUACCUUGCAGAGUUUUAGAACCGGUCUACACCGUUAACGUCUAGUAGUAUAUUCAAAUAGCUGGUUAAUGUAGCCGAGGUUAGUAGUCAGCUCGUAUCUAGUCCUCUCUGCGGUCAUGUUGUUGUUGAGUGUUGUGAGCAGUGUCUGUCUGCUCCUAGCGACGCUACAGGCAGAGCUGGUACAAUGUGACGCCGUAUUGAACAUCUCUACAGGUGAGAAUAUCGGACAACUCGGGAAGGAUUCGGUGCAGCUCGUGACUAACUCGUCCAACGGCACCGAGCUAACCUACGGCUUCGUCUCGUGCGGAGUGGCCGUUCUGUUUUACGGUUCUAACUUUGUCCCCGUGAAGAAAAUACCCACCGGAGACGGUCUGUUCUUCCAGUGGGUGCUGUGUGCAGCAGUCUGGAGCGUCUCUCUGGUGGUCAACAUUAUUCUGGGGUCUCCCACCUUCUGGCCUCUAGCCAUGCUGGGGGGGGCCAUCUGGGCUACAGGUAACAUCACGGUGGUCCCCAUAGUGAAAACCAUCGGUCUGGGUCUGGGCCUCCUCAUCUGGGCCUCUUUCAACCUCCUCAUUGGUUGGGCAAGCUCCAGGUUUGGCUGGUUUGGGAUCGAUGCUGAGGAAGUUUCUAACCCAACACUCAACUACUGUGGAGCAGGUUGCUGUCUGCUCAG